AUGGCGCCCUCUGCUACCGACACCAGCGGAGCCGACGAGACUGUCCUCGCCCUCCGCAAGGUCCUCACCAACGAGUCCGAGCCUCUUGCUCGCCGCUUCCGCGCUCUCUUCUCCCUGAAGCAUCUCGCCUGCCUGCAGCCCACAACCGAGCAGACCCUCCCUGCCAUCCAGGCGAUCGCUGCUGCCUUCACGUCACGCUCGGCUCUCCUCAAGCACGAGCUUGCAUACUGCCUGGGUCAGACUAGGAAUCGUGACUCUGUCUCGUACCUGCAGCAUGUUGUGAAGGAUACCGAGGAGGACGCCAUGUGCCGCCAUGAGGCCGCCGAGGCACUUGGCGCGCUGGGAUACGCAGAGAGCUUGGACAUCUUGAAAAAGUUGCGCGAUGAUGAGAAUGAGUUGGAGAUCGUUCGGGAGACUUGCGACAUCGCGGUCGACCGCAUUGUAUGGGAGAACUCCGAGGAGAAGAAGGCUGAAAAAUUGAAGCCAAGUGAUUUUACAUCUAUCGACCCUGCUCCGCCUAUGCCUCUGGAGGCCAACGAGCCCUCCAUCCCCGACCUGGAGAAGACACUGCUCGACACUAAGCUCCCUCUCUUCCAACGAUACCGCGCCAUGUUCGGUCUGCGUGAUCUUGCCUCGCCCCCAGAUCUCCCCACCGCGGUCGGCGCCGUUAAUGCGCUUGCCAAGGGUCUCAAGGACCCCUCUGCUCUGUUCCGUCACGAGGUUGCCUUCGUGUUCGGUCAACUCUGCCACCCCGCCUCGAUUCCCUGCCUCACAGAGUGUCUCGGCGACCUGAAGGAGGCCGGUAUGGUGCGCCACGAGGCGGCCGAGGCCCUUGGCAGUCUUGGUGACGAGGAGGGCGUUGAGGACACACUGAAGAAGUUCCUUGACGACCCCGAGCAGGUAGUGCGAGACAGUGUCAUUGUGGCACUUGACAUGGCGGAGUUUGAGAAGAAUGGUGAGACUGAGUAUGCGCUGAUUCCAGACGGGGCAGCCAUCGCAGUCCCUGCGGCAUGA